CACACUUGCGCGCACAUGUUGGUGCGGUAACAUUCACAACGUGCCGGCUGAUUUACUUUUCGUUAGUAUUUUCAAUGUGAAAAAUAUGAUGGAAGCAAAGCGAAACGAAAAUGUAUAAGAGCAUAAACUGGACAUUGAGGCAGGCGACCGGUCAAUGCAGCUGGAAACGUUUGGCCGCCUAUCGUGCGCUCUGCUCAACGUUAAUGAGGUCAUCAUCAGCCGAUGCAGCGACCUUGUCACCAGACGCAGUGCAGCGUCAACUCUCAGAGCUGCCCGUGGAGCGUAUACGCAACUUUAGCAUCAUUGCGCAUGUGGAUCACGGCAAAAGUACGCUGGCGGAUCGUCUGCUCGAGCUAACGGGCGCCAUAGCGCGCAAUGCUGGGCAAAAUCAGGUGCUCGACAAUCUGCAGGUGGAACGGGAGCGCGGUAUCACGGUGAAGGCGCAAACCGCUUCCAUAUUCUAUAAGCAUCGUAAUGCGACCUAUUUGCUGAAUCUAAUUGAUACACCCGGUCAUGUGGACUUCUCGAAUGAGGUCUCUCGAUCGCUGGCUGCCUGUGAUGGGGUCAUACUGCUGGUGGAUGCCUGUCAUGGCGUUCAGGCCCAAACGGUGGCCAACUAUCAUCUGGCCAAGCAGCGACAGCUGGCCAUUGUGCCAGUGCUCAAUAAGAUCGACAUUAAGCAUGCCAAUCCCGAUCAGGUGACCAAGGAUAUGCAACUGUUGUUCGGCAUUGAGACCGCCUCCGUGUUGCGUGUCUCGGCCAAGCUGGGCACGGGCGUCGAGCAGGUGCUGCAGCGUGUCAUUGAAACGAUUCCACAUCCGCGAGUGCAACGUGAUUGCGACUUUCGUGCGCUCAUCUUUGACAGCUGGUUUGACAAAUAUCGCGGAGCUCUCAAUCUGAUCUAUGUGCUGAAUGGACAACUGCAGCCGGGUCAGGAUAUACAAUCGCUGGCCACCAAGAAGAUGUACAAUGUCAAGACGUUAUCCCUGCUGCGUCCUGCCGAGUGUCCAUUGGAAACAUUGUCCGCUGGCCAGGUGGGUUUGUUGGCCUGCAACAUGCGGAACAGCAAGGAGAGCAUCAUUGGCGACACGUUGCAUCUGAAGCAUCAGGCUGCCACCGCCGCCGGCAGCUAUAAGCCACAACAGCCAAUCGUCUUUGCCGGCAUCUUUCCGGUGGAUCAAUCGCGUCACGUUGCCUUGCGCAGUGCUAUCGACAAGACGGUGCUCAACGAUUCCGCGGUCACAGUGAGCGUGGAUUCGAGUCCGGCUCUGGGACAAGGCUGGCGUUUGGGUUUCCUUGGGCUGCUGCAUCUCGAGGUGUUUUGCCAACGUCUGCAGCAGGAACACGAUGUGGAACCCAUCAUCACAGCACCCUCGGUCACCUAUCGCAUUGUUCUCAGCAAUCCCCGACUGAUUAAACAGCAUGGACGCAAUACGCUGGACAUCUCGAAUGCAGCGCUGCUCCCGGAACCGAACAGCAUUGAGCAGUACCAUGAGCCGCUGGUGCUGGGCACGAUCAUCACGCCCAGCGAUUAUGUGGGUCCGAUCAUUGGACUCUGUGUGGAACGGAGAGGAGUGCAACAGAGCUGUGUGAAUAUCGAUGAGCAACGCAUGCUGAUGCAGUAUGUGCUGCCCUUGAGUGAGAUUAUCUUGGACUUUCACGAUCGCCUCAAAUCGCUGAGUUCGGGCUAUGCAAGUUUUAGCUACGAAGAUCAUGGAUAUCAUUUGACGCAUUUGGUGCGUUUGGAUAUUCAUUUGAAUGGACGAAAUUGCGAGGAAUUGUGUCGCAUUGUGCACGUGAGCAAGGCGUUGGGCGUGGCACGACAAAUGGUGAACAAACUGAAGGAGCUGAUACCCAGACAAAUGGUGCAGAUUGCGAUUCAAGCUUGUGUGGGCAGCAAAGUGUUGGCGCGUGAAACGAUAAAAGCCUAUCGCAAGGAUGUCACCGCUAAGCUGUAUGGCGGUGAUGUGACGCGUCGUAUGAAGCUGCUGAAGCAACAGGCGGAGGGCAAGAAGAAGAUGCGCUCGAUUGCCAACAUUCGUGUGCCUCACGAUACAUUCAUUGAUGUGCUGAAACGCUAGUCGCCAACGAAAUCAACAAGAAUCAAUGCAACCACCAAACAGGACAUAGAAGAGAGUGACAGUGUGUGAGAGUGAGACAGAGAGAUCAAGAUGAUCAACAGCUACAGUGCUGUAAGUGCGGCUGCUGCUGCUGCUGGUG